UGUCUGUGAGCAUGCAAACUUGGAGAAAAAAAAUCAGUCUCUCACAGAUGAGGGCACAUCUGCCGGAGUCUGAACUGCCUUUUUCGAGAGAGACUUGCACACCUCAGCUCGGGGCGUUUCGGUCACCAGUCACUUGGAAUUGUACUCUCCUUAUCAAGGCUCUCUCUGGUACCUGCCGAAAGACAUUCUGACAUGAAAAUGCAUGAUGUUAUCCAAUAUGUGCCAAUUAUUAUGAUAUCGCACAACAUUGGGACAUCGUCAUCUCUAUCCUUCAGGAAAAACGUCUUACAGUAAGAUUGAGAGAGGGAUUUUUGCCUGGUUGAGUACCAUCUAAACAUGCAACAUGAAUCCCACUAACAGCACUGGAGCUGGUGGGCUUGCGCCCUGGAACUUAAACAGCUCCUUGAGCAACAUUUCAAGUGAUGUCUUCUCAGCCAACCUCAGCUGUAAUGAUUCUGGCACCAAUGAGACCUGUGUGGCGGGGGAGGAGGUGGUGGGAAGCCCCUAUAAAGCUGUGGAGAUGGUCUUCAUCGCCCUGGUUACAGGCUCCCUUAGCUUUGUCACUGUCACAGGCAACAUCCUGGUGAUGCUCUCCAUUAAAGUCAAUCGGCAUCUCCAGACUGUCAACAACUACUUUCUGUUUAGCCUGGCGUGUGCAGACCUUAUCAUUGGUGCGUUCUCCAUGAACCUCUACACUGUCUACAUCAUUGUGGGCUAUUGGCCCCUGGGACCUGUAGCGUGUGACUUGUGGCUGGCCCUGGAUUACGUGGUGAGCAAUGCUUCUGUCAUGAACCUUCUUAUUAUUAGCUUUGACCGCUACUUCUGUGUCACCAAGCCCCUGAGUUAUCCAGCCAGAAGGACCACCAAAAUGGCUGGGCUGAUGAUUGCAGGUGCCUGGGUUCUCUCCUUCAUUCUUUGGGCCCCUGCUAUCCUGUUCUGGCAGUUUAUUGUUGGAGAGCGCACGGUUCCACCAGGAGAGUGCUACAUCCAGUUUCUCUCCAACCCUGCCGUCACCUUCGGCACAGCCAUCGCUGCCUUCUACCUGCCUGUGGUCAUCAUGAUGGUGCUCUACAUCCACAUCUCUCUGGCCAGCCGCAGCCGGGUGUCCAAGCAGAAGCCUGAGGCUGAGAAAAAGAAGAAGGGCCUCAAGAUACCUAACCCACUCAAGAGCCACAUCCUUAACAGACAGAAUAACAACAACCAGUCCCCCAAACCCAGUCUGGAGUCCUGCAACACUGGUGAAGCUGUGAAGAAUGGCAAGAUUGAUGAGUCUGUUGUUUCCACCAAGGCUGACGCUAGUGUCAAUCGAGAAGAGAAAGAGAGUUCCAAUGACUCCAGCACAGCCAGCAUUGCCCCAAAAAACGCCAAGGAGAGGGCCAACAGUGAAGCCACUGUCGGGGUGGGGGUUGGUGUUGCUCCUGCACCAGGUCCUGCUCCUGCACCUGAACCUGCACCUGCAGCGGCAACCGUCAAACUCAACCCUACCUCUAAAUGGUCCAAGAUCAAGAUUGUAACCAAGCAGGCUGGUGACGAGUGCAUUACCGCCAUCGAGAUUCAGCCACCCAUCCAGGGGAGCGAGGGCCGCUCUAUCCCAGUCAACCGUCCCCGGAAGGUGGCGCGCAAGUUUGCCAGUAUUGCCCGCAGCCAGGUGAAGAGGAAGCGCCAGAUGGCAGCCAGGGAAAAGAAGGUGACCAAAACCAUCUUCGCCAUCCUACUUGCCUUCAUCCUCACAUGGACCCCGUACAAUGUCAUGGUGCUCAUCAGCACCUUCUGCCACUCCUGUGUCCCAGACACUGUGUGGGCCAUCGGCUACUGGCUGUGCUACGUCAACAGCACCAUCAACCCAGCCUGCUACGCCCUCUGCAAUGCCACCUUCAAGAAGACAUUCAAGAACCUCCUCAUGUGCCAGUAUAAGAAUAUUGGAACAAGAUGAGCUGGAGCAUACAUACAGUAGUAGGGCUGGUGAGGGGUAAUAUUACUGAGACAUCUGGAGGGCUGAGUGGUACAGUAGGAGGGGAGGAGGGAGCCUCCACAGGGAGCCUCCUCCUCAGUCAUGCUUAUGAAAUGAUGUCACACUCAAUGCUCCUCUGAGAUGUCUUAGCCACAGAAGAUAGUAACAUCAUAUCUAUGUCCAAAUGAUACAGUAUAAAUAUGAAGUCCAAUGUGAGGAUCGUUCAAAUGAAGAAUCUGAGAUCAGCUAAAGUUAUGGACCCUUGAUGUGAAGACCAACAAGGACUAAUUCGUAUCCACUGAAAUGUGGUUACAAUCUUCAAGAAGCCCAGCUGAAUGUCAGUAGACUAAGGCCAGGCCAACACCUCUCCAAGAUACCACCACCUAACCAGAGACACUGAGGGCAGUGUUACAUCAUGUCUGGGUGUACGGCAAAAGACACAUUUAAAAAGGAGCUUGGAAAUCUUCCUUUAUACAACAGUAUAAAAUGAAACAAGCAUGAGAUGUCUAAUUCAACUAUCCAUUUCCUCCUCUCCCUCCUCCUUAUUAUCGAGAGCGUUAUUAACUCCUCGCGGAAAUGGAGACACUCCCUCACGUCAGUGAAUCAUUAUCAUAAUGUGAUAUGUGGUCAUAACACGGAGAGAAAAAGACGAUACGGAUUCUUUGUCGUCGCAGACUGUCUAACCUCAAGGCUAGUUGCACGUACGUCCAAGUACUGCAAAAAUACUGCUGGUGACUUGAAAUAAGUUGUUACCCCUGAAAGUACAGUAUGCAUUUCCAUUCACCUCCCACUGACCAAAAUAUUGAUGUAUCUGUUUUGCUCAAAGAUGAUCUUCAAAGGUGACAAACUGUUGAUGGCAGUACAAGGCCAUGGCAUAAAUUAACAACCAGUGUUUGGCUCCAAACAAUUAAUGUAUCUUGUUGUUACGUUACAAGGAGAAACACCCACAGGCAACGGUAAAGCUUUAAUUCUUUGCCAGAUUCACAAUUAUGAAAGUGUUUUUAAAAAUGUAUUUAGCCUUCACUGCGAAUGGAACUACCGGUACAAAAAACAAACACUUGUUUAUAGGGGAUACUUAUCUCGAGAGUAUUAAACAUAUUUUCUAUGUUAUCUCCUGCCUAAUUAAGAAUGUGUAAAUAGAAGGCCAUUGUAUGCUCUAAAAAGUGCAGUUUCUCUCAUGCAUUUCAUAUCUGAAUGUUUGUACCUCUCUUGUAUUAUGUUUGUGGUUUACACCUAAUUUUACAAAUUGAAUAUAAAAUAUAUAUAUAUAUAUAUAUAUAACUGUAUGUAUAUGCAAGAGAUAUUAAGAGAGUGUAUUUCUAAAUUGAUGUAAAGUCAGGAAUUAUGGGAAAACAUUUAAGCAGUUGUUUUUGUUUUGAAUGCCAUUGGUGACUAAGUCCCUUAUAUUUGUAACUUUGUCACUAUUCUCCAUGUUGGAUUACAACGUGUGAAGUCCAGCUUGUACCUCCCCAGCCUAUAAUCACUUUCAUCACACCAAUGAUUAUGUGGGUAACAUUACUAGCUUAUCUAACUGGUUCAAUGCAUUUUCAAAGAAGGACCUUCUGACAAAGCACUAGAUGCAUCAAAGUAGGGAGUAGUGGGGAAAACCUUGGUGACCUUGUAAUGUAAAAUGACCAGCUACGGAUGUGCAUCCAUAUAAAACUGAUUUUGAAAUGAUCAUGGAGUGAUUACUGUGGUGGUAAAGCUUGAUGAAUAAUCUGUCUUUAAUUAAUGAAUAUAACAUUGGCAUGACAGGCUGGGUGCGACCCCAAAAAAGGGGUGUACGGGAGAGUGUAAAACAUGACCACAGUUUCCUGUAAUAUGGGCCUCCCAUAAAACAACCAUCCAGAGACAGUGUACAGAGGAUUGUAUCUUUUUCUAAUGCUUAAUAAAAAUUGUGUACCAUU